AUGGACCCAACCUACCGCACCUCCUACCCCCCAGCCAUGUCCGGCGCAAACCCAGAAGCAACAGACCCCCAACACCGGUCCAAAUCCCGCAAAAGCAGCAAACCAACCUCUGUCAAAUCCUCCUCCAAGAAACAACAGCCCCCCUCCCCAAUCAAAGACAGGAGUCGAAGCGAAGGCGGAGGUGGAGGGAAACUCCUGGGAAAGGUCUCCAAACUCACGGGCUGGCUCUCAACAUCCGAGCCCUCCACGCAAGCUCUUCUGUCACACCAAAAAGAAGCUUUCCGCAAGGCGGGGAUCCCCCUGACGGAUAGUGAAGCUCACUCCAAGCUCAGGGCACCGAUAGGGGAGAUCCCUUCUGAUGCGAUCACCUCGACGACGGGACCUGAUCCGGAGGAACUGCUCAGGAGGAGGAAGGAAGAGAGGAGGAGAAAAGAGAGGGAGAGGAGGGGGAGUGAGCUGAUCGCAGGGGGGAGUAUAAGGAGUGGGGGGAGUGGUGGAAGUGGGAGGUUUUCUGGGUAUAGUAUGAGUGGGGGGAGUGGGAGUUUUAGGAAGGGGGAGGUAUUGGGGUUAAGUCCGGUUGGCGGGGAUGGGGGCCAGCAGCAAGUGCCGUGGAAUUAUGGGUGGGAUGACAAAUGGCAGUGA